CAACAGCAGCAGCACACCACCCUCCAACCUCCAAGAAGAGGAACGAAGAGGGAGGAAGGUGGGGAGUUGCCUCCGAAAGCAAGCCAUCACUGGCUACCAAAUGCAGGCAUGCAUGCAUGCAUAUAGCGAACAGGACAAGAAGAAGCAGAUGAUGAGGAGGAAGAAUAAGUAGGAGCAGAGCUGAAGGACACCAAUAAGAAACGGUUGCUCGCUGCCACCACCAUGUCCUAUGAUCAGAUGCUCUCGCCGCUUUUCGGUGCCGGCGGGCGAUCGGCGUGGAGAGCGGCCCAGCACGGCGGCGGCGACGCGGUGGCGAGGCAGAUACUCAAGUGCACGAGGUGGCAGCUCGAGGAGACCACCGACUUCGUCACCUGCCCCUACCACUACUACUGCGACAGCUCCUACCCGGGCGACUACCCCGCCGCCGUCGGCGCCCUCGUCGCCGCCUUCGCCGCCUACUGCUUUCUCUCCACUCUCGCGUUCACCGUCCUCGACCUCGUGCGGGGCAACGGUAGCAGCGCCUCGUCGUCGGCGGUGGCCGGCGUCAGGGGCAUCAAGAGGAAGUACCUGCUCCCCUCAGGCCCGUUCCUGCUCCCCCUGGUGCUGCUCGCGCUCGCCAGGGGGCAGCGGGUCAACGCCGUGUUCCCGCUCGCGCAGCUCGGCCCGGCAUUGCUCCUGCUGCUCCAGGCCUCGGCGCUGGCGUUCCGGAACGAGGCCGACGGCGACGUCCGGUACGCGGUGCUGGAGGCGUCCACGGUGUCCGGCGUGCUGCACGCCAGCCUGUACCUGGACGCCGUCGUGCUGCCGUACUACACGGGGAUGGAGGCGCUCCGGUGGUCCCGCUUCUCCGGGGAGUGCGCGUCGUGCCUGUGCCGGAUGGAGCCCCUGGUCGUGGGCGGCACGGCGGUGCAGUACCGGGGCCUGUCCAAGACGGCUCUGGCGAUCAUCUUCGCGCUAUGCUCGCGGAUGGUGUGCCGCAUCUACGGCGAGGAGCGGCUCAGCGCCUGGACGCGGGCCGCGCUGGAAGCCGUGGGCUGGGUGUUCGUGGCCGCCGACGCGGUGUACCUCGUCGGCUGGGUCGCCGCGGAGGGCGGCGGCGUCGGCGUGGCGGCCUACAGCCUGGUUGCCGGCCUGGUGUUCCUCAGCGUCUUCGGCAAGGUCUACCGGUUCUUGGCGUGGGUGGAGGCGAGGCAAUCGCAGUGGAAAUCCAGCCUCUGCCAUAGCGCCGUUUGAUUCAUGAAAGCUAAUUCUCUCAGAAAAUCUGUAUAAAGAAAGAAAGGAAUCGUUGCUUUAGUUCAUCUCCUUCUUGGUGUACAAUCUACACGGUGGUAAAGAAAAGGUGCGAUUUUUUUUUGUUC